CUUUGGAAUAUAAUGUGGUCGAAUAUAAUUAUAGCAUAUUAACUGACUUAUUUUCCAUUUGGUUUCUGAUCAAUCUUAAACCAAACUCGUUUGAAAUGUACAUUAAAACCAUUAAGUGUUGGCUGUUUUUGAACCUCUGCAAUCUUGUUUACCCUGCAAGUAUUUACCAAGGAAAGGCGUUCUGGUACGAGGAGGCUGCAAGGGCGCUACGACAACGUCUUAAGGCUCUGCCAGAUACGUCACAGGCGAGGCCUAAGGCACGCGGGGUUGUGUUGCUGGUGGGGGAUGGUCUUGGAGUCACGACAUCCACGGCAGCGAGGAUAUUCAAGGGACAACGCCAGGGUCAGCAGGGAGAGGAGAGUAUACUGGCAUGGGAUCGUCUACCUGCUGUAGCUUUGGCUAAGACCUAUAACCUGGACGCCCAGAUCGGGGAGUCGAGUGCUUGUGCUACUGCACUUAUGUGCGGGGUCAAAGCUAAUUUUGAAACACUGGGGCUCGACGCUGGAGGGCUCUUUGAAGAUUGCUUCUCUGUCUUUAACUCUAAGAUCGACUGUUUGCUCUCUUGGGCGCAAAAAGAGGGAAUGUCCACGGGAUUGGUGACCUCUACCAGAGUGACCCACGCUACCCCUGCAGCACUCUUUGCCCACUCGCCCAGCAGAUAUUGGGAGGACGACAGUAAGGUGCCUCCAGCGGCGAGAAAACUCUGUAAGGACAUCACCAGACAACUCGUCGAGGACGAACCAGGCAAGAACCUUAAUGUUGUGAUGGGUGGUGGACGACGCCACUGGCUGCCCAGAGCAGCAAGGGACCCAGAAACUCUGACUGAGGAGGGUCGCAGACUUGACGGACGAAAUCUCAUCGACGAGUGGAUACGAGACAAGCGAAAGAAAGGUCUCAAGGCAGACUACGUAUGGAACAAAGGGCAAAUGGAUGCUGUAGAUGCGGCUUCCACGGAUCACUUGUUGGGUCUAUUCUCUUAUUCCCACAUGGAGUUCGAAGCAGAUAGAGAGUUGGGACCCAGCGGUGACCCGUCGCUGGUUGAAAUGGUCAUAAAGGCUCUUAGCAUUCUCCUGAGAAAUCCUCAAGGAUUCUUCCUAUUUGUUGAGAGUGGAAGGAUUGACCAUGCUCAUCACUACAACAACCCAUACCGAGCUUUAGAGGAAACUCUAAUGCUGGACGCUGCUCUGCUGGCCGUGUUGUCUAUGAUAGAUCAGUCACAGACCCUCAUAGUCGUCACGUCUGACCACUCUCACGUCAUGACUCUUGGAGGAAUAUCAACACCCAGAGGGAAUCCCAUACUAGGUACUGACUCCCGAAUGUCUGAUAUGGAUGGUCUACCGUACUCGACCCUGUUGUAUUCUAACGGCCCUGGAUACUCCAGUCCAAGGUCUGUUCCUGGCAACGGCACCGGGGACUCCCAGAACGCCGUCCACUCCAGUGGAGUCCCUCGCCAGUGGGCGACUCAUGGAGGAGAGGAUGUACCUGUCUAUGCUCAAGGUCCGAUGGCACUACAGCUGUUUAGUGGUACAGUGGACCAAAGCUACAUCCCACAUGCUAUCGCCUACGCUGCCUGUCUAGGACCAUACACUGCGAGAUGUACAGGGCGCCAUCUUGACCCUGAUAAUUCUAGCUGUUUACCUGACAACGGCAAGGGGACCAGAGUUUUGGCAAGUUCUGUCAUGUCAGACGAUAGAAACUCUCAUCAUUUAGCAAACUGUGGUUAUAGUCAUAGAUACAGCGUUCUUUGUAUUUUAGCUGCCGUUGUUUUACAAACAUAG